UAAAAACAUAAAAACCUGAAAAUUCUUACAAGACAUGGUAUAGGGAUUACUUUAACCGUAUUUGCUCAUGGGCAGGAGUUAGCAUUCAAGAUGGGCUCGGUAGAAGCUGACGCGAAGGAUGGAUUGUUCAACCCGGAUUCCGUGUCUGACAUAUCCCUAGAAGACCCAAUGGAGCUACUCAACGAACCCCGCGACUACGCGUACCACGCAAAGGCAGCUUCUUACCUAGUGUCACCUACCCGGCCCUCGGAAUCAUCGACCACUGCCCUUGAGCCGAACCUGAUAAGACGGUCUACAUCCUACAUCUUGACGCGGUCCGACCACCUGGCGAGCAACGUGGACAACUGGAUGGCUAACGAGGACCCUGUUGAAGAGAGAAGAAUUAGAAGACAUGCGAACGUAGUCAUACAAGCAAACCUGGCAGAGAAUCAGGGAGCUCUGGCAAGUUUUUGGUACAUGAUAGCAUUGCUGCCUUUGGUAAACCUCCACCGACAGGGAUGGUGCAGCCCAAGAAAUUCCAUCAUUAUAGUAUUGAAUACUAUCGACGUCUUCGUCACGUGGAUCAAACAGAAGGUUUCCUAUAUGCGAACACAGAUGUCUCGGGUAGAUCUCGAUCAGGUACUCCACGAUUGUUUCGUACUAGGGGUGGACAUUAUCCUGGCGCUGCAAACGUUCGCAUUUUUACUGCUUUCCUAUUACGCGGUCUCUUUAUAAGCAACAAAAAUCACUGCAAGAUAAUUUUUUUUAUUAAA